AUGCUUCCUGCUCCUCCUGCUCCAGUUAUCUCUUCCGAGGAUGUUCAAGUAGGGAACAUCAUUAUUGAGGCAAUUAAAAUGACCGGGGAUGCAAACGUACCUCGUGGUGUUCGUACGUUUUUCGGAUUUGUAGAUCAUCCUGAAACAUGGAGUGGACCGUCUGAGAAUGGUGAAUUUGUGCCGAGAGCUACGUCUCACCCAUGGCCUCUUGCUCCUGGAUCUACCUUCCAGAGAGGGAUACCGGCGGCAGCGCUCCAUACCGACUUGUCGGAGAUGAAAGCCCAAGAUAUACCGGCUCGAGGUAUGACCAUGGCCGGUCUCAUGCGUGUGGCCGAUACUGGAUUCUCAAACCCCAAAUGGGCCAGUGCAACGGUUCACAUUGUGAGCAGACGUGAGAUCAGAGUGAUGCUAUUGGACGGUCAUCAUGUCACAACCUUCUAUAAAGUACAAAAAUCGAUGUUUGAGCCUAUGAAUUGA